CGAUAUUUGAAAAAAUGGUGUUCAAAUACACAUAUACCUAUAUUUAUAUUAUUCAUCAUCACGAUUAUUUUGACGCGGUGCAGAAAACUCGGUGAUAGUGUCGCCGCGUGCCGACCGCGACCGGCCGGUUCGGGGUGAAGGUCGCCUGUUAUUACUGACCAUUAUUACGUCAGCAACUCGUUUGACGCUUGACGCGCGCCUCGUCUCAGUCACACACACGUCGCGGGCGCGAUAACACGCAAUGGAUUUAACCGGGCGUGUUGCUAUCGUGACCGGAGCUAGUUCAGGAAUAGGAGCCGCCACUGCUAAACUCUUCGCUGCCCAUGGUGCUCUACUAACGAUAGUAGGAAGGAAUGAAGCGAGGCUGCUAGCCGUCGCCGAAGCGUGUGAACGCGCCAAGGGCCACAAACCAGUUUGCGCGAUGCUCGAUUUGACUUUAGAAAACAGCUGCGAGGAGGUUGUGAGAAAAACUGUCGAAACGUACAGCAAAUUGGAUAUGCUCGUCAACUGCGCCGGUAAAGCGAUGUUGACUUCUCUGUUUGACAUGUCGAUGACAGUUUUCGAUGAAUUGGUAGCGUUGAAUAUGCGCGUUCCGUACAAACUAACGCAACACUGUGUACCACACUUGAAGAGAACAAAAGGGCACAUAGUUAACGUUGUCCCUGCACCGAUGAGGUCGAGGCCAGGGUUUCUGCCGUACGCAAUGAUAAGAGACGCAAUGGACAGGUUCACCAAAGCUGCGGUCUUAGAAUUGGCCCCUGAGGGAGUCCGAAUCAACGCUGUGCGCCCGGGCAUAACGAGAACCAAUCUAUUAUCAAACUUGAAUGUUGACGAUGACAUGAUGGAUGAUGCAUACGAUACUUUAUCAAAGGUCCUGCCAAAUUCUGUGAUUUUAGAACCUGAAGAGAUAGCAAAGACCAUUUUGUUCACAGUUAGUGAUAUGUGUCCCAAUUUAAACGGGUCUAAUAUAGUAAUAGAUGGCGCUGCUUCCGUUUAUUGAUGUUUAUAAAAUCGUUGUGUGAGUGUGCCUUUUCAGUGGACAAUUUUUGACUGAGUGGACAACGUUAUCAGAUGGACAAUCUUAAUAUGAGGUUUGAAAAACAGAGUCAUAAUGGAAUAAAUGAACCAUGAGAGCAUUUAAUAACUCCAACUAUUAUUCUUAUGAAGGCUGCCCAUGCGCAGCUUCAAACCCGUAGCAGGAAAACAGUAAUCAAUUGUAUGAAUCACAUCAGUAAUAUAAAGUUAAUGAAUGGUAUCAACAGAACAACAAUGGUUUUUAGUAAAGUAAAAACAUUUAAGUGUUUCAACGAUGACAACUAAAUGUGUUUUUACAUUUGAAACCAAACACAGUCAUGACGUUAAACUACCUAUUACUGUUAGAUAAAAAAUUUGCAUAGUAUUUACUAUUGUCUACAUAGUAAAUAAUAUGCAAAUAAUAUGCAAUACAUACAGUCGAGUAAGAAACAUGCUAAUAUUAACGUCAUCGUGUUUAAGAACCUGUGUCAAUAACUAUUUUACGUGGAGUACAAAUAGGAAUUAUUAUGUGAUAUAAAGACUGGAUGGUUGUGGUGAAAUCGACAGGGGACAUUGCAACAUACUAUUUAAUAGAAUAUGUUAUUUUACGUAGAAUUUAAGAAUAAUUGGAUAGUUAAUUGGAUAUAAAAUGUAUGUUUUUUUUUAAUUAUUAAGUGGUAAAUAGAUUCAUUAAUUUAAUUACAAAACACUGAAGUGGUAAUGAGUUCAAUUUAAAUUAUUGCUUACAAUGUGAUAUUACAAGGUAAUUACUAUAUUAUGUAAAAAUCUGUGAUUCUUAAUGUUUGCUUCAUAUCAAUUUGUUUUUCUUGUGUAAUAUAUGUAUAAUACUAAAUACCUUGUGUAAAUGCUUACAGGGCAUUUUAUAUAAAGUGUUUAUAAUGUAUUAAUAUUAGCCUUAAAUUUGACCUUCUUUUAUGUUUAUAAUUGUAAAUAAAUUUGUAAAUAUAACUUUUCUUGCUAGUAUAUCCAAAAUGAAUUAAAGUAACAACCUUAUUUUACCAGGGAACCACAUCGCUGGCCUAGUGCAGUUUGUUGAGUGCUAACAACUGAAUGAACCAAUGUAACGUGUCUUCUGAAGCAUAGAUGCACGUUCUCACGCAUCCUAUAACUAGGCUAAGUUUUCUUUAUAUUUAUGCAGGCAGGCAGGCUGACGGAAGAUCACAAUAAAAUAACACUGCCUUUUGGUGGUGUUCUGAUUCUGUCGGUAAGGUACCAGGACUCCACGGGGUUAGGGUUUGGUUCAGGGUUGGCAUCGGUGCGAGUGGUCUUUUUGGUCUAGCAAGCGUCUAAAGGCUAUGGUUGCCGUUUACCAUCAGGCGGGCCAUAUGCUUGUUUGGCAUUUUUUUACCAUAAAAAAGCUAGAUUAAAUCAACGUUAAAAUUUAAGUUUGUUAUGUCUCUGUCAGUGUGAUACAUUAUUAAUUAAUAAUGAAGCGAUCGUUUUAAAUCACGUCACCAGAACAAUGCUGAAAAUCAUUUUAGAAUAAUAUAUACAAUAAUGCCGUUUAAUUAUGAUAAAGAAUACUAAUAUUUGUCUAUAAUUGACUUUGUAAUUGAAGUCAAUUUAAUAAUAGUUACGGAAUAUUUUUACGCUUUUUUUCAAACAAAUUACAAACUCUCUAUACAAAGUACUGUAAAAAAACAAAACUGAAAGAAAUAUUUGCAUUAAUGUUAUUAAACCGGGAUGUGUGCAAGUUUAGCAGUCAUAGCGUAGCAGUACAAUGUACAAUUCGGCAUCGGGUACGUUAUUAAUGAACGCCAGACGAAACGUAACGCCGGAGCCCGCUGAUGAAAACAGUCCAUUGUUCAAGAGACGACCCAGGGUUGACACUAUUGAAGCAAUAGUUCAAAUAAAUCAGCCGCAAUAAAAGUCUGAAUAUAAAAGUCAGUUAAAAAAACAUGUUAAUUUAUUUAUUUAUUAUCUUAGGGCAGCUAACAGCUUAUGAACUUAUGAACAGCAAAAAAUAUUACUAAAAGCUAUUGACAAGCUACCACAUACAGCUAACUCUUGAUCCUACUUGCCAACAGUUUAUCAUAAUCAUCAGCCUAUUAAUGUCCUUGCUGUUGGGGCACAAGCUUUCCAUAUGGAUGGAAUAGGAAGAUACGACCUGAAGGCUUGACCCACCACGUGGGCCCAGUGCCGUUUGAACCAAGACCACCGACUUAACGUGCCCUCCAGAAGCACGGAGGAGCUCGAGAUAGUAAUUUUUUGGUCACCCUUUCAAUGAGAGACUACUGCGAAGUUGCUUAACUUCAACGAUCGC